AUGGGCUACAUGGAAUUUUGCGAUGACUUACCUCCAUCUUACGAUGUCGCUGUCUCUGGGUCUUACAUUGAAUCGUCCACGUCAACUCGCGAUGAUGGUCGAAUCGAUGUGACAUUCCGGGAAUUGCAACCAGGUCUAGAGAACAUUUUGCAAGCUACUCAACUUGCAGAUUCGCAACGACCUUUCGAAGUACCUUGGGAAUCUGUGUCCUCAUUGAACAUUGUCAUUCAAAUAGUGGGCAGUAGAGGUGACGUUCAACCGUUCAUAGCACUUGGCGCUCGUCUGCUACUAAGCGGACAUCGAAUCCGCAUUGCAACUCAUGCGAAUUUCAAGGACUUCGUUCAAAAUGCAGGACUGGAAUUCUUUCCUAUCGGGGGUAACCCGGAAGACUUAAUGUCGUUCAUGGUCAAGAAUCCAGGGAUCAUCCCCAAAAUGUCAACGAUUCUUGAUGGCGAGAUUGGCCGUAAACGCCAGAUGAUUGCCGAAAUACUAAAUGGGUGUUGGCGCUCAUGUAUCGAACCUGACCCUAGGAGCAAGGCUCCUUUUAUUGCGGAUGCUAUUAUUGCCAAUCCCCCGAGUUUCGCCCAUGUCCACUUAGCCCAGGCCCUCAGUGUGCCUGUACACAUCAUGUUCACCAUGCCCUGGAGUCCUACCAGAGAAUUUCCACACCCUUUGGCAAAUAUUAUAGGACCAGGUGCCCAGGCUUCCGUGCACAAUCUUAUGUCGUAUAGUAUGGUGGAGAUGUUGACUUGGACUGAUCUGAUCAACAAAUGGCGCGUCCAAACUUUAAACCUCGAGCAGCUGUCAACAAGAACGGCCGUUGGAAUGGUGGAAAGUUUGAAAAUUCCUCAUACCUAUUGCUGGUCAUCUGCACUCAUAAAGAAACCCUCAGACUGGCCAUAUUAUAUUGAUGUCUGCGGUUUUUUCUUUCGUGAGGAACCCUCAUACACGCCGCCGACAGAUAUAGCCCAUUUUUUGAGUAUCGGGGCAAAGCCAGUGUACAUUGGGUUUGGCAGUAUCGUCAUGGAUGACGCAGAUGCGAUGACUUCGGUCAUUCAAGCAGCUUGUCAAAAGCUUGGUACCCGGGCGAUCGUAUCCAAAGGUUGGUCGCAGUUAGGAAAUAAUUGCCAGUCUUCAGACAUACUUUUCAUUGAUGAUUGUCCCCAUGAAUGGCUCUUUAAACAUGUCGCGGCGGUGGUGCAUCAUGGCGGAGCGGGCACAACCGCUUGUGGGUUAUUGAAUAGCUGCCCAACAGCUAUCGUACCCUUUUUUGGCGAUCAACCGUUCUGGGCGUCAAUGGUUGCCGCUGCCGGUGCUGGACCACCACCUAUUGACCGCAAAAUGCUCACUGCGGAUAGUUUUGCACAAGCUAUUGGAUUCUGUUUGACCCCAAGUGCUCGGCAUGCUGCUUCCUCAAUUGCAGCCAUGAUGAAAUCUGAGGAGGGAGUGAAAAAUGCAGCUGCAAGCUUCCAUCAAAAUGUGCCAUGGAAUGACAUGCAAUGCAACUUAUUACCCUCUGAAACUGCGGUCUGGUCACUUAAUGGGGGGAAAAUGAAGGUUUCGCACAAAGCUUUGGCGAUUCUGUCGCAAUUUGAGAAGAUUGAUAUGCAGCAAAUGAAGAGACACCGACCGAAGGAAAUAUAUAUAGAGAAGACGUGGACAGACCCGCUGACCUCAACAUCAGGAGCAUUACUCAACACAAUGACAUCCUUCUCAAAGGGUCUGGGGAACCUCAGUACAAACCCGGCCAAGGGCAUGACGCGGAUGACGUCCAGCCUUAUCAAAGGUUCACUCGUUGAAACCCCCGUCGCGUUGACAGAAGGUCUGCGUAAUCUGCCGCGGCUGUAUGGGGAUAUACCAGAAGAAAUUCAGCCCAUACGUGACUGGAGGAGUGGGAUGACACAAGCCGGGAAAGGCUUCUACACUGGUUUUGCGGAUGGACUUACCGGAUUCGUGAAAAAGCCUUACCGGGAGGCGAAGAAGGAUGGUGCAGUCGGAUUUAUGAAGGGUUUUGCAAAAGGCAGUGUGGAACUCUUUUCUAAACCGGGCGCGGGUAAGGCUCCCACUUUUCCGAUCUUUCUGGAGUUCCAGCAUUUCAAGCGUGUUACUAAUCUCUUUGCUAAAGCUAUGUUUGGCCUCGUGGCUUAUCCCGCAAUGGGUAUUCAUGCAUCUCUCAAAAGAAGGGGCCUCAACUCCACCGAAUCCAAGAUUCUAGAUGCGCAGAUAGCAUUCGGGGCUUAUAAACUUCAGCUCACACCUGCUACCUCUUCAGAAAUUGAAACGGUCAUUUCCAACUUCAAUCUCCUCAAAUAA